AUGUCGACCUUAUCCGCCGGCAUUGUUGGCGUGCGUCAAGCAGGUUCCUCUAGUAACAGCCCAGUCUAUGACACACCCUUUGGCACCGUUCAACUUGCUUCUUCCUCAAAAGACCUCUCGGCCAAUUUCGACCUCACUGCUGGCUUUGCCGCUUCUGCCGACUAUGAGAAUCAAGAGGACGAAGACGACGAGGAAGGCGACGACGACGAUGGCGAUUCCGAAGAUGGCAAAGGCAAAGGCAAAAAGGGUAAGCGUGCGCGCUCCGAAGCCAAAGGCGAGCGCGAUCUCAAGACGGGUCGUCGCAAGAUCAAGAUCGAGUUUAUCGAAGACGAUGCUCGCCGACACAUCACGUUCAGCAAGCGCAAGGCGGGUAUCAUGAAAAAGGCAUACGAGCUGGCCACCUUGACGGGAACUCAGGUGCUCUUGCUCGUUGUCUCGCAGACGGGUCUGGUGUAUACAUUUACCACGCCCAAGUUGCAAGCGCUCGUGACGCAAGCCGAAGGACGCAACCUGAUUCAGGCUUGCUUGAAUGCUCCCGAUCCACCCAACGGUGGCGGAGAGAGCGGAGGCGAGGACCACUCGGGCGACGAGCCAAGUGAGGCAGACGAUGCCUUUUCUCCAUCCGAAUCACAGGCUAGCUCCAACAAGCGUGCCGUGCAACCUCGCAAACGUCCUCGCACCGCAUCCACGAGCAAGUCGUCGAGCGCGUCCACUUCCGUCGCCGGUGCUGCGCCUGGCAUCGGUGGUGGCGAAGAGGAUGCUACCUCUGGCUCGCAGCUAGCAACAGUCAAACGCGGUCGGGGUCGACCUCGUAAGAAUACUGCCGGAAACGCACCAGCCUCGAGCUCGAACACGUCCAACGACGCGCAUCCCAUGCCUCCGCCACCUGCGAUGCAUCAGAGCUUCUCCGACGAUGCCGUACAUCAGCAUCAUCAGCACCAACAUCAUCAGCACCAACAUCGACAGCAGCAACAGCAACAGCAACAGUACACACACGUCCCUUCUGCUGAUUUCCCCAACUACACCGCUGCUGGCUUUUAUGGCGACGUCCCCAAUUCGGCAGCCAACCCCGAUCUCGGUUUUGGCCAAGCGGGCGGACUGUCAAUUGACAAUCAAGCUGUUUGGGCCCAGACCAUGUCUCCCAACCCCAACCAGAUGUUUGAUCCUUCCAACCACCAUCAACAUCAUCAACAGCAACAGCAGCCGGGGCAGCAGCAAUCAUCACAGCAGCAAUCGCAGCAGCAGCAGCAGCAGCAGUCCUCAGUACAGUUUGGAUACGCAACCCAGCAUUUCGGUCACUUUAAUCCACAGCAGUUGGCCGCCAUGCAACCGCAGGAGAUUCAGGCUCCCAGACCCGCUUGGUAG